AACAGUUCUGUAACUCUCCCAGUACCCUACCGAAAAGUUCUGUACAGUAGUACCCUCGGAGGUAUGACGUCAGGAUUGCGCCGAAGACCCCACCUGCCCCACAGCCACAAAAAGCUUGAAGGCGAUCACAGAACUAGAACUAGGUACCUCCACAGAACUCCUUUCGGUCACAUAGCUUGAGAGGAACAUGAGCGAGAGUGCAGACCUCAGCAGCAGCGUCUCCCCGGCGCAAAGUACAGCAGUUGGGGGUGGAGGAGGCGAGGGUGAAACAGAAACAGCCGAGGGCGCGCCCGCGGCGGGGGGUCAAGUUGGAGACAGCGGCGUGCAGGAAAGCUCGAAUGACACCACUAUCGCAAGCAGCAGCAGCGGCGGCGAAGGCGUGCCGGUGAAACACCCGGCGGACGUCUACACCAGUGCGGGGCACAAAGCACAGAUCGCUGCCGCCACCGUUGCCGCUGUAGACAAUUUCCAAGCGCCGUCUGGUUUUGUGAAAAAGGGCUGUCGCCAGGACUCGUUUAUGUACUCGCUUGGAGUAUACGUGGAGCAGAUCGGAGGCGACCAGCACAAGUUCUUCUGCCUUGCCGGGCCCGACUGCCGCAGGAAGAAGAAGGUGAUUCCCUGCCGUCGGGGAGACCGCAGCAACGUCAACUCGCACCUCAAGAGUGUGCACGGCAUGCAGGGGAAAGGAGGAGUGACGAAGCAGGCCAGGCGACAGAGCACGCAACAAAGCAUCGGCAGGAGCUUGACCUUGAGCAAAAACUCGCAACUCGGAAAGAACAGAGUUCGCGAGCUUUUGUGCACGAAAUGGCUCGUGGAGAGGUUUUUGGCCUUCAACUUCUUUUCAGCGUCGGAUAUGUGGAGGCAGACGAUCGGGUUCGAGACUGCCGAGAACACGCCGUACCCGCCACUUCCUCCUGAGCGCAUGAAGCACCUCGUGGCGGAGAUGUUUCUCGCCACGAAGAAGGUGUUAGAGACCAGGUGGUCGGCCGCGGCGGUGAGACCGUCACGAAGGACAGACGGGCAGAGUCUACAUACAAAGGGCGAGAGAAGUCUACACUCACCAGACCAGAUACAAAUGUAGUCUGGACUACAUCAAGGAGCGAAAAAAUGCGCGAAAAGAAGCAACAGCAGCAGGGGGGUCGCUUGCUUCCACCAGGCAUCAUGACAAACGUGUGCAAAGGAGCACCGCGGGAGACGAAAAGGAAAGAUAGAAAUUCGACGGUCAAGACCCUCGGGGGAUGUGAUCUUACGCAGCCUUUGCACAUCGUUGUUCGGUCCCUUGCCCGCGUGCCCGCGUAUUUGAAGACUUUGAAAGACUGUGAGGUUUAGCCAAUCAGGGAGAACGGUUUCAGAUGUGCGCAGUCGUAUGUAGUCUAGACACCUCUGUCGUGUCAAGAUCGUAUGCUGUGUACGUGCAAAGUAUUGCGUAGAUCAAUUUCAUAUACCUCUUCCUCUACCCCUCCACGCCAAUGACACCCACCCAUGUUUCUGUACCAGCACGUAUUGGCGGCGUUCAGUUUGGGCGAUGCUGACCGAAUGUAACCUGCGGUGAACAGGGCACGAUGAGCGGGGUCUGCGAGGAGAUGUCAAUAUCUGCUGUACGUACAUAUUAAUAGGAUACACUAGGAGGUGACUGUUGUCGAGGUGUGGUUCGUUGAUAUUUCACCGCACCGUGCAUACUGAUGCAGAGAACCUGACUUGACAAUAGUCUACAUGUGGUCUCUCAACACCGCCACCGGGACUCUGUAGAUUGCACGUGUAUCCUCACAUGUACUGCUGUGCGUAGGUACUGCUGUGUAGUAUCCAGGGCACAGCAGUGCAUAAUUAGUCUUUUUAGUCUACAACACGCUUUGCUUGAGACGACAACGCUAGAGGCUACCCAUGGUACACGUGAUGGCGAAGGGUAUACAAACGGUUGGAUGCUUCGUGCAUCCAGCAACCGCGUUGUACAGGGAGCCACAGAAAGUAUU